GUCAAUGGAAGGCCUAUAUCUCUCGCAUAAAAGCUGUUUGUGACAACUGCCCGUCAGCCAAUAUACAUAUUCAUAUGAUAAACGUUUACAAAAAAGAAAAUAUGGUUAUGAUAAAUAUUUUAAUUUAAGUCAGAUCAGUAUCUACAUAUUCAGAAUAUCACAAUUAGCUAAGGAGCCUCCAUCCUAUCAAUCUUAUGAUAAAUUACGGUUCUUCUCCCUAUUCUUUUUUUUUUUAUAUACAUAAAGCUGUUCUUCUCCCUUUUGAAGUUAGCAGCUAAAUAUGAUGGAUAUAUCAAUCAUCGAUCAUCGUUACUUCCAGUUAUUCGAAAGGAUUGCAGGUUUAUUAGCUUUGAUAUCCUUCUUCUACUGUAUUUUGGUCUUCAUUAAACGACAGCCAAGGAACUUGAAAACCAACUUCCACGAGGAAAAGCUAACACCAGCAUCGCCGCCUGAAGUUGCAGGUGCGUGGCCAAUAGUAGGUCAUCUUCCUCAGCUGAAUGGAUCUACACCUCUAUUCAAGAUCCUUGCCGACAUGUCUGACAAGUACGGACCUAUUUUCAUCGCCAGAUUUGGUAUGUAUCCGACCCUAGUGAUAAGUAGUUGGGAGAUGUCUAAAGAAUGCUUCAGUACCAACGACAGGUUAUUUGCUACCCGUCCACCUAGUGCAGCUGGGAAGUACCUCGCGGAAGCCAUGUUUGGCUUUUCCCCGUAUGGCCCUUAUUGGCGGGAGGUCCGGAAGAUCGCUACACUCCACUUGCUAUCUCAUAAACGCCUCGAGUUUCUUAAGCCAAACCGUUACUUAGAGAUAGAUAAUUGCAUGACAAGAUUAUAUGAUUGUUGGAUGGAACGAGAUAAUUUGAUAAAGCAGAAUGGUAGAUCGACUACUAGUUCAGUUAAGGUGGACAUGAGCCAAGUGUUUUCAGAACUAUCUUUGAACGUGGUCUUGAAGAUGAUUGUAGGAAAGACCCUUUUUACUAAGAAAAACAAAAAUAAAGAAGAUUACACCAAAGAGGAAGAAGAGGGCCAAAAGCUUCAUAAGAGUAUCCUAAAAUUCUUCGAAUUAGCAGGUGUUUCAGUUGCAUCUGAUACUCUUCCUUUCCUUGGGUGGCUGGAUGUGGAUGGGCAAACGAAACAAAUGAAAAGACUCUCCAGGGAGAUGAACUUGAUCGUUUCAAAGUGGCUUGAAGAGCAUCAAGAGAAAAAACGACUUCAAACAUUAGAAUCCGAUGGAGCAGAAAGAGAGGCUAAUGAUCAUAAGAAUCAUGACUUCAUGGACGUGUUGAUGUCAGUUCUCGACGAAGAAAAGGAAGAUCUCUUCUUCGGUUAUAAUCGAGAUACCGUCAUCAAAGGCACAUGUCUGAACCUUAUACUUGCUGCAUCGGAUACUACGUCAGUUACAUUGACAUGGGCUCUCUCACUAGUACUCACCAAUCCUAGUGUCUUAAAAAUGGCUCAGGAUGAGCUUGACACCGAAGUUGGCAAGGAAAGAAACGUAGAGGGACACGAUAUCGAUGGUCUCGUCUACCUCCAAGCAAUCGUCAAGGAAACUCUCAGACUGUAUCCUCCUGGCCCACUCUCUGUACCACACGAGGCUACAGAAGACUGCAUUGUUGGUGGGUAUGAAGUGAAAAAAGGUACGCGCUUGUUGGUUAACCUGUGGAAACUGCAGCGUGACGCUCGAGUGUGGUCAAACCCGUUAGAGUUCAAGCCAGAGAGAUUUCUUCCAGAGACGGUUGGUGGGUUUGGUGGUGAAACGGCAUACAUAGACUUCAGGGGUCAGCAUUACGAAUACACACCAUUUGGAUCUGGAAGAAGGGGAUGCCCGGGGAUAGACUUUGGCCUCCAGACACUUCACAUGGCAUUGGCUCGUCUGCUACAUGCUUUUGAUUUCGACACAGACAGAGGAUUUGUAAUAGACAUGACAGAAGGCCCGGGUUUCACCAUGCCCAAAGUAACCCCACUUGAAGUUCACCUUAUUCCACGUCUGCCGGCCACACUUUACUAGACUCAGUCAUCAGUAUAUUUAAAGCGGUGUGCUACCAAUGCAGAGUUGGGAUUGAAAGUAGUAGUGAUAAAAAAAAACAAUUCCAUAAAUAAGGGUGUUCUGUACGGAGACAAAAAAAGACAAGUUUAAGGGUGUUCUGUUCUCCGUGCGUAGAUCCAUAAAUAAGAUUUGUCAAUUGCUGGUUCAAGCCAUUGGGUACUCUUUAAACUAUACAAGCUGUGUUUCACAUUUAUUGUACCAAAUAUCUUGAAUAUGGUCCAAAAAAUAGACAACUUAGUGAAAAUGUUCAUGU